ACCCCCGAGCCUCCUCUCCUCCUCUGGAAACAUAGUAAUACUAACAGCAACGGAAAGGCCUCUCCUUGGAGCCCUCUCUAUCUUCCAUCCAAGGAUCAAAUGGGUCUUCUCGACCAACUGUGGGACGACACCGUCGCCGGGCCUCCGCCCGUCGGCAAGCUCCGCAAGUACAACUCCUUUUCCCCUUCAUCCUCCGCUGCUGCUUCUUCCGCCGCCGCUGGCGGCGUUGCUCAGGUCACCCGCAGCGUCACCAUCCUGCGCACCGCGUCCUCCUCCGCCGCCACCUCUCCCCGCUCUCCCUCCUCGCCGGCCAGCGCCCCGGACUCCCCCCUCGCGCCGCCGGGGCCGUGGGGAGACUGGAAGCGGUUGCGGAGAAAACCGGUGCCGGUGGCUGAGGGAGCGGGGAUGGCCGAGCCGAGAAGCCCCACCGUCUAUGACUGGGUGGUGAUAAGUUCUCUAGACAGAUGAAAGUGAGAUGGGGGAGAAAGCUUGCUAGGAAAGCUAAGAGAAGAAGAAGACAGUCGCAGACAAGGAGUUGCCGUCACCUUUGUUUGUAUCUUGAUCUGUGCAUAUGAUGCAGGUUUUUGUAGCUAUAAGAAAGCAGUGGAAGGAGUCAGGAAAAAGUUUGUAGGAGACUUUUGAGCCAUGGAGGGCACAGCAUGGACCUAUGCAAUCAUUUCCCCCACUUGGCUUUGUCCCCUCCUUCUGUUUGUAAUCUUUGUGCUUGUGAAUUAAGCGGUGGGUCUUCUGUUCAAUGGAAUGCUUGCUAUCUAAA